GGCAAGCCAGCGUCCACUCUCACGGCCGCCCCUCUGCCUGCUCCUUCACAGUCUUCCAGUCGGUCUUCCUCUGCGUAUCGUCCAUGGCGGACCGCGUCCACCCAGCGCCGCUUCUCCCGCUCUCCUCACCGCCCCUUCCUGACCCUCCCUCACCGGACCACCAAGAAGAUGCCACGGUGGAGACGGCGCCGCUGCGCCCAACCGGGGUUUCCUACAUCGUGCAGGUGCCCAAGGACCAGGUGCUCCGGGUCCCGCCUCCGGACCGGGCGCGCAGGCACAAGAAGCUCGCCGCGCGCCCCGCCAGACGCCGGGCGCUCCGGCGCGCCUGCUGCGGCGCGUGCUGCGCGGUCCUGGCGCUGCUCGUCCUCGCCGCGGCGUUCGUGGGCGCGCUCUACCUCGUCUUCCGCCCCAGGGCGCCCUCCUUCUCCGUCGCCUCCCUCUCCGCCGUCCGCGGCAUCCCCAUCGUCGCCGCGGUGCGCGCGGACAACGGCGCGAACAGGAAGGUGGGCGUGGACUACCGCGGCGGCGGCGAGGUCAGCGUCUUCUACUCCGGCGUCCUCUUGGCCACAGGGAGGUGGCCGGCCUUCUACCAGGCGCCGGGGAACGUGACGCUGGUGUCGAUGCCGCUGGAAGGGGAAGGCGGCGUGGCGCUGACGGAGGAGCAGAGGCGGGGGCUGGCGGCGGCGGGGGGCGUGCCGCUGGCGGUGGAGGCGCGGGUGCCCGUGAGGGUGAGGUUCGGGAAGACGCUGCGGACGUGGACGGUGGACGUGUGGGCGCGGUGCGAGGUCACGGUUGAUAAGAUGGCCGGCGAGGCGGCUCUGACGAGCGACAGGGGGUGCAGGGUCAAGGUCAAGCCGCUCUGGUGGUGGUGGUGAUCGAUCGCCGCCGGCGCACCCCGGCGCUGCGUCAAGAACGAAUUGGUUUGAUUGAUGGACUGAUCACCGGUGGAGUGAAUUGGUUUUGGAAACUCUUUUUUGUGUUGUUCGCUGGAGAGUUAUGCUCAAUCGCAGAUGUAUGCAACGGAUGAAAUCUCGCAGAUAUAGAUUUCUUGCUUGGCACAAAAAUAAAAACGGAUUUAUUCUGAAGUUGCUGCACCAA